UUUUAUUCGAAUACAUAAGUACCAACUAGUGAUUCAGUUCUACUAGCUCUAAUAGGAGAUCGGUCGCAUUUGUAGAACAAGUUUAGUAUGAGUUGCAAUGAUUGUUUGGGAUUCAACGUUUUUCUGUGCCUUGCUGUCAUUUUUGCAUUUGAGUAAGGCAACUCUCUCGAUCGAUUUUGACGAGGACAUUCGUGAUUGUGACAAUGAAACCCCAAUGCCGGGAAUAGACACGUCAAACUUUCAAAUUUUACCUCAACCGGACGGAUCGAUUACGGUGAACGGAACCGCUCGAUUCACAAAGGACUAUGGCAAUCCUACCAGAUGGAAGUUCUACACCAAACGGCUGGAGCGCGGAAGGUGGAUUCCGGGCAUUGUUUCGCGGGACAUUUCGAACGUCUGUUCGGUUCUGCAAAUGCCGUACGAACUGUGGUAUCCGUUCACUAGGCUGAUGCAGCGGAAAUUUUGUCCCUUCAAAGCUGGGCACGAGGAGCACAUGAACAACGUCAACAUAGGAAACCUGGCCAAAACAUUUGAAGUUUCGCCGGAUUUUAUCGGCGAAUGGCGAGUUUAUCAUGCAAUUACGACAACCCGGAACGGGAGACCCUUUGAUGAGUGUUUCAUGGUAUCGGUAUCCGUUUCGGAGGUUUGAGUUUAAAUUUUAAUAAUAAUCAAACAUUCUUUAGCAUUUCUAUUGUUAUUUUUAAUAUUUUAAAUAAAU